UCCUCCCGCCUCCCUCCCGCCACUCGCUUCGAGGCGCAGCCAGUUUCUAUAGCGACAGCUCUGAUCCGCGGCUCUUCCGAGUAGUAACAAAGCCGGCUGCCCGCUGCCGCGCUGGGGCUGAAGGGGGACGAGGCUCCCUCUCCCGCAGACACCCCGCCCGCGGCGGCCCAGACAGGACAGAGAGAGACCAGAGAACACACCAGUGAUGAAUCAUCUGUUUUUCUUAUCAGUCAUUCAGACACUUGGGUGAUGGAGAGAUGGAUGGAUGGAUGAAUAGAUUGGGCCCAGAGCUUGGCAGCUGGCAGUUUUUGCCUGUAUUGAGAAGAACAGGCAUUUCUUGUGUUCUCUGCAAGUGAACCGUUGCAAGAAGUUCUUUUUCUUGGAAAAUGGAUGCCUGGCUCAGAUGAAGGGAUAUGCAGUGCACAGUCCCUAGCAGAAGCUGGAAAUGGAUGAUGUCUACUGAUGCUUUUUGACAGCAUCGUUUCUUUUCCUGAUUGAGAUGGGUGAUACAAACAUCAGGGAAAAGUUCUAAUAUAAGCCUGAGUGACCUCUUUGUUCCUUGACUCCUCUUUCUGCAAGUCUAUAAACCAUCAGAAGAUAUGACCAGUCAACUGCCAGAGGAGUCUGUGGAGACCCAGAGCUCAGAUGAGCUUGAGUGCAAGAUCUGUUACAACCGCUACAAUCUGCGACAGAGAAAACCCAAAGUGCUGGAAUGUUGUCACAGGGUAUGUGCUAAAUGCCUCUGCAAGAUCAUAGACUUCGGUGAUUCCCCUCAAGGAGUCAUAGUGUGCCCGUUCUGCAGGUUUGAAACAUGCUUGCCAGACAAUGAGGUUAGUAGUCUUCCUGAUGACAACAACAUCCUUCUGAAUUUAGCUUGUGGAGGAAAGGGUAAGAAGUGCCUACCAGACAACCCAACGGAACUGUUGCUGACUCCCAAAAGGUUGGCAUCUCUGGUUAGCCCUUCUCACACCUCUUCUAAUUGUCUGGUUAUAACAAUCAUGGAAGUACAAAGAGAAAGUCCCCAGACUCUGAACUCAACCCCCGUGGUGGAAUUUUACAGGCCUUCAAGUUUUGACUCUGUUGCAACUGUGUCCCACAACUGGACAGUGUGGAACUGCACAUCUUUGCUCUUCCAGACCUCAAUUCGGGUGCUAGUGUGGUUGCUAGGGUUGCUGUACUUUAGUUCCUUGCCUUUAGGGAUUUAUUUACUGGUAUCUAAGAAAGUCACCCUUGGGGUUGUUUUUGUAAGCCUAGUCCCUUCGAGCCUUGUUAUUCUCAUGGUUUAUGGCUUUUGCCAGUGUGUUUGCCAUGAAAUUCUAGACUGCAUGUCGUCUUGAUAACGAGUGAGUAAAAUAAAGUGUAUUGCCACAUCUGUAGCAUAGUCGAUUUAUCCUGUCUUUGUAUUCUUAUUUAUUCUUACUGUUGCCCACCCCACUAAAUGGAAACAAGGACCCUGGUUCUGUGGUCCUCCUUUUUUUCUACUUGAUUGGAUUUCUGUCCCACCCCACCCAC